AUGAGCCUUAAUCCCUCGAAGGUUGCGCCGGAGCCAGAGCCGGAGCGGGAGGCGGGACAGGAGCCUGGGUCCGAGGCCCAAGGGCCGGGGCCGGAGAGAGAGAGCGGGCCGCCAGCAGGGCCUGGCCCAGAGCCGGAGCCCCCCUCGGCGGCGGGUCAGGACUGGGAGCCCGAGCGCGGCCGGGCGGACUGGCCGAGCGCAGAGCCCCCUCUGGGGCCCAAGCUGCCACACAACUGCCUGGAGGCACCGCUAUCGCGGGUCUUCCGGCGGCUGGGCAGAAAGGUGGGCGCGCACCCCUGGAUCUUUCUGCUGCUGCCCGUGGCGCUAACGGCCGUCCUGGGCACCGGCCUGAUGUACCUGCCCCGGGAUGGAGAAGAAGGCCUGGAGGAGGAGUACACCCCGAUCGGGAGCCCCGCCAAGGCAGAACGGCGCUUCGUGCAGGGACAUUUCACCGCCAAUGACUCUCUCAUCUUCUCCAUCUCCAGGAAGAGCGCCGAGGUCCCUUAUGCCUCCGUCCUCGUGGUCUCCAGCGCCGAGACCCUGCUGGAGCCGGACAUCCUAGAGGAAAUCAGCAAGGUGGACGACACGGUGCAGACUCUGACUGUGACCCAGGACACCGGAACCCAGAUCCCCUACAGCGAGGUGUGCACUAAGAACCAGGGCUCCUGUGUCCCCUCCAACCCACUCUUAUUCACCUGGAAAAGGAACAAGGGCCUCAACCUGAGAACCAUCACCUUUCCCAUCUACAGCCUAGCCGGUCAGAUGGUCUCCCUGGCCAACACCCUGGGAGGAACUGUCUUGGGCGAGAGGAUGGGGCCGAGCCAGGUUCUCCUCCGGGCCAGAGCCAUGCGGCUGCAGUACCACCUGGAGGCAGGCGGAGCAGAGGAGCAGGAGCGGAGCAAGGCCUGGAUGAUCCACUUCCUGACGCAGGCGAGCAGCCUGGAGGAGAGCCUGGCCUUGAAGAAGAUCCAGCAGGUUGUCUACUUUUCAUCGCUUUCUAGACAACUGGAAUUUGAGGCAACUUCUAUGACAGUGAUCCCCUUGUUUCACUUGGCCUACCUUCUAAUCAUAUUAUUUGCAAUUGUAUCAUGCUACAGGUUUGACUGUGUACGAAACAAAAUGUGGGUUGCAGUCUUUGGAGUCAUUUCUGUUGCCUUGGCAGUGGUGAGCAGCUUUGGCCUGAUGUUGUACAUUGGGGUGCCAUUUGUGCUCAUAGUUGCAAAUUCACCAUUUCUUAUCCUAGAAGACCAGCUUCACGGAUAGCAUAAGUGAGCGGAUGUCCGAUGUCUAUUCAAAAGUGGCAAUAUCCAUUACGAUCACCACCGUCACCGAUGUCCUGGCCUUCUA